CUCAGCAGCGCGUAAAACGCACACUCAGUCACUCAGCCACUCACUCGCCGGCUCUUGUUUUCCGCUGUAUAUCAAGCAACACAUGUGAGUUUCUGCCGCUCUACAGGACACGGACAGCUCGAGCCGGAGAGAGGAAACGCAGGUAAACGGAAUCUAAGGUUUGACCAAGAAGAGGAAAGGAACCCCCACCCUCCUUUUCACCGCGACCACCUUUUUCCUCACUUCUCGAACCUCUGCUCUCUUCUGGAGACACAAGUUCCUCAACCAAAGAGGGAUGCUGCAUGUUCUCGAGCCGCACUUGCACUCAGAAGGAACCUAAAAAGUGCACCAGAGCGGAUUUACUCCAUCCGAAGCAAGCGCACCAAAACGGACACUUUUAGUGACUGGAGGAUCCGCGCGCUUCAUAAAAUGAUCCCAAUCGGCGACGUGAUAACAUGUCGCAUCUCUUCUGGUGUUUGACACGUUUGAGGAGCGACUAAAGAAACUGGAGGAGGGCAUAACAAAGUCUGAUCAUUCAUCCCGAGCCCUGCUGGCACCUUUUUACUGGAGUCCGAACAACAGAUCGCCGUCCAGAUGCAGUUUCGACUCUUCUCCUUUGCUCUGAUCGUAUUGAACUGUAUGGAGUACAGCAACUGUCAGGCGCCUUCGCACCGCUGGAGGAGAAACAAAAGAGCUAGCUAUGGAGCGUACCCCAUCUGUAAAGGCUGCUCGGUGUGCUCCAGAGACAACGGCUGUGUAAACUGCCAGCCCAAACUCUUCCUGUUUCUGCGGAGGGAAAGGAUGAGGCAGUACGGGGAGUGUCUUCAUGACUGUCCAGCCGGUUACUACGGCAUGCGCAGCCCUGAACUCAACAUGUGCUCCAGGUGCAGGAUAGAGAACUGUGAGUCCUGCUUCAGCAAAGACUUCUGCACCAAGUGCAAGUCGGGUUUUUACCUACACAAAGGGCGCUGCUUUGAUAAGUGCCCGGAGGGCUUUGCCCCGCUGGAGGAAACCAUGGAGUGUGGAGAGGGCUGCGAGGUGGGCCAGUGGAGCGAGUGGGGAGCCUGCACCAGGAGAAACAAAACCUGUGGCUAUAAGUGGGGUCUGGAGACCCGGACGCGGCACAUUGUAAAGAAACCUCCCAAGGACACAAUACCCUGUCCCACCAUUGCUGAGUCCAGGAUGUGCAAAAUGGCCUUGAGGCACUGCAGGAGAGUUGACUCACAGAAGCAACGACCUAAAGAACCAAAGAAGAAGAACAAGAACAAGCAGCGGCUGAGGUUUCGGGCCCAGAACCAGCACAGCGACCACUUGGCCUCCGCCCGCACUAGCCAGUGA